AAGAAGAUGUUGAACUUUAAAAGACUCCAUAACUGACUUAUCUCUAUCACCCAACAAAACACACCCAUGCUUGAACCUUCCAAUAAAACAACCCAAUGGCUAGCUUACUUCUUCUAUUACACGCAUGUAUUUGUCUGCAUCAUAUCAUUUCUACUUGAUUGAUCAGAUCAGAUACCUGCACCUUCCAAUAAUUCACUAUCUCUCUCUCUCUCUCUUUUGUUACAAUUUCUGUUAACAAACUUUGACGUCACCAUUUUGAAUUCUUAUCCAAAUUCCAUCUUCUAACAGAAUUUUCCUUUUUCUCUCUUUCUCUACUUUCUCAUUCCUUCCAGAUUCUUGAUUCUCCCACCACUUCCUUCUUCUUUACUAGUACUUGUUAUAGUUUUUGCUCUGUUUUCAAAAAAAGAAAAAAAGAAAAAAAAAGGUGGUUCCUUUUCUCAUUUAUUUUCCCGGGAAAGAAUGAGAGAGUUCUCAGAAGCUUAAAGGGUUUAUCAUGUUUAAGUCUCCGGGUACUAAAAUUCCUCUCAAAUAACAAAAAAGUUUCCAUUUUUUUUUUAAUCUUCUUCGAUAAAUCUCUGUAGUUAUAUGGAUAAACUAGGGUUGAGCAAAAAAAGGAGCUAUUUUGAUUUUGCUCUCAAGAACAAAAAGUGGAUUUUGUUAGCAGUGUCUGGUUAUGGUGCUUUCAGGGUUUAUCAUUCUCCUUCAAUCACCCAGAAAAGGAAACGUAUCACUAAGCUCUUCACUCUUCUUCUCAACCUCGUCGAAGCUGCUUCUGAUUCCGCCGAAGCCGUUAGCGUCAUCUCCAAGGAUCUCACUGAGUUUCUCAGAUCCGAUUCAGAUCAUAUCCCAAACAGUUUCAAACAGAUUUCGAAGAUCGUCAAGUCCGAUGAGCUCAACUCUUCUUUGAUCAGAUUCACACAAGCUAUGACCGUUGGAUUGAUCCGUGGAGUUAACGAUGAUGAAUCCGGGUCGGGUUUUACGGAUCGGGUUUUGGAUAAGCUGUUUACGAAAUCCGGGUCGGGUUUCGCUUCCGCGAUCGUUGGUAGCUUUGCGAGGAACUUGGUCGUCGCGUUUUAUUCUUCUUCAUCUAGCGGCUGCGGCGGUGGAUCUUCGAAAUUGUUUGACGCGAUUUGUUCCGAUGAUGGGAGGAGAUUGAUCGGCGAUUGCGUUCAGCGUUUCGUGACUACUGCGGUUUCGGUUUAUCUCGAUAAGACGAGUGAUGUCAACGUUUUCGACGAUUUGUUCGCCGGUUUAACUAAUCCGAAACACGAAGAUAAGGUUAAGCAAACGCUAGUAACGGUUUGUAAUAACGCGGUCGAGACGUUUGUGAGAGCGUCGAGAAAACCAACGGUUCAGUUGAACCGGUCGUGUCAGGAUUCAUCUCAAACGCUGACCGUUGGAUCAACGAAACAACAAGCCACGUGGAUUGAUCGGGUAUCGUCGUCCUUAUCGGUACCGAGUAACCGGAAAUACGUGGUGGAUUUAACCGGGCGGGUAACGUUUGAGACGGUUAGAUCGUUGUUAGAAGUGUUGAUUGAGAGAGCGAAUGGUAAAGUGGAGAGUUACGUGGAGAAAGUGAGAGAGAGAGGGAACGAAACGAGGAGAUUUGUGAGAGUUAAGACAUCGCUUCUUCAUAGUUUAUGUUUGUCUUUGUGUUUACAGAUUGUUGAAGCUCCAUGGAUCCUGACUCCAAGAAACUGAUUUGUUAUACAAGUUCAGGCUAAAAGACAAGAAACACUUUUGUGUUUCUUUGUUUUGUUGUUGGUUUAAAUUCUUGGAUUCAUCAAUCAAAAUUUGAUGUAAAAUUGUUUUUUUUGUUUUUUAUUUUUGUUUGAGAAGAUAUUAAGAUUGUUUAUGAUUUUUUUUUUUUUUGGAUAGAAAGAAAUGGGUUGGUUUGAAAUUUCUUUUGGAUUUGGAUAUUUGGAUAAUGAUAAGUGUGGGACAUUAUUAUUUUGUUACACUUUUGUGGAUAAUAUAUGGUAUGGAUAUAGUUGCUGAGUGA